AGGUUGUGUACAACAUGUCUCAAACAAGUUACAUGCCUGUUUCGGCUGUCAAGGGUAUUUUAACGAUUUGUAUUAUUUUUUAUAACAUGUGCAUAACGAAGAAUUUAACUCUAAGUUUCGGUAUAUUUAUGUAGCCGCUAGACGCUUCUCUCAGUCUGCAUAAAUCUGAACGUAUCAUUACAUGUUUGGAGCAUUGAGGAUUGGAAAGGAGUUUCUAGCAAAAGGUGAAGCCUGUCAGCUUCACAAUUAGCAGAAUGCUUUGGGGACGGUGUUUGGUGUCCGCUGGCCGACAGAGCUGCAGAUGUAAAGUCAGCUUUAUAAAGAGACAGUAUGGAUUUCUUCCAGAUGAUGUUAAGUCGCUGCGGGCUGUGGUCACCCCUGACAUAUCCAAGAUUCGAAAUAUUGGCAUCAUGGCCCACAUUGAUGCAGGAAAAACCACCACAACAGAGAGGAUGCUGUACUACUCUGGCUAUACGAGGGCAUUAGGAGAUGUUGACGACGGGGAUACAGUCACAGAUUUUAUGGCUCAGGAGAGGGAGCGCGGCAUCACCAUACAGUCGGCAGCAGUCACCUUCGACUGGAACAGUCACAGAAUAAACCUCAUAGACACUCCAGGACACGUUGACUUUACUCUGGAGGUGGAGCGGGCGCUUCGCGUUCUGGAUGGAGCCGUCGCCGUGUUUGACGCGUCUGCUGGUGUGGAGGCUCAAACGAUGACUGUAUGGAGACAGGCAGAAAAGCACAGCAUCCCCUGUGUUUGUUUCCUGAAUAAGAUGGACAAACCAGCAGCGGACUUGAAAUUCUCCAUGGAGAGCAUUAGACAGAAAUUGAAGGCCAACCCCAUCCUCCUGCAGGUUCCGGUCGGCAGUGGUAGGAACUUCUCAGGUGUGGUCGACCUGUUAACCAAUCAGAAGCUGAUAUGGAGGCCGGGAUCUGCCAGGGACGAUGGACGAGUGUUUGAAACCCACACUUUGGACCAGUCUGUGGAGCCAGAACUCGUGCAGGAGGUCGGCGAGGCCAGAGCGGCCCUGAUCGAACAGGUCGCUGAUGUGGACGACGAGUUUGCAGAGCUGCUCUUGACCAAAUUCAGCGACGACUUUGACGCCGUUCCUCCUGUCGAACUUCAAGAGGCCGUGAGGCGGGUCACUCUGACCCGCAAAGGUGUUCCAGUUCUCUGCGGGAGCUCUUUGAGAAACAAAGGCGUUCAGCCUCUUCUGGAUGCCAUCACUGCAUACCUGCCUGCUCCUGAUGAACGCCACCAUGACCUGGUGCGGUGGUACAAAGACGACUUGUGUGCUCUGGCCUUCAAGGUUCUCCAUGACAAGCAGCGCGGCCCUCUGGUCUUCUUAAGGAUCUACUCGGGAACCGUGAAACCACAGACAGCCGUCCACAACCUGAACAGGAACUGCACUGAGAGGAUGAGCAGGCUGCUGGUGCCGUUUGCUGACCAGCACGUGGAAAUCCCCUCCAUGUCUGCAGGGAACAUCGCGCUCACUGUGGGACUCAAGCAGACCGUCACUGGAGACACCAUCGUCUCCUCCAAAGCGUCUGCAGCAGCUGCAGCUCGACGAGCCCAGAACCACGGCGGGACCGGAAAGGGAGAACAUCCCAGCAUCAUCCUCUCCGGAGUGGAGGUCCCUGAGCCGGUCUUCUUCUGCACUAUAGAGCCCCCCUCCACGGCCAAGCAGCCGGAUCUGGAGAACGCUCUCAGUUGUCUUCAGAGAGAAGACCCGAGCCUUAAAGUCAGGGUGGACCCUGAUUCUGGUCAGAUCAUCCUGUGCGGGAUGGGAGAGCUGCACAUCGAAAUCCUCCACGACCGCAUCAGGAGAGAGUACGGCAUCGAGACCGACCUGGGCCCUCUGCAGGUGGCCUACAGAGAGACGGUCCUGCACGAGGCCUCAGCCACAAACACGCUGGACCGAACGGUGGGAGAGCGGAGACACGUGGUCACGGUGCAGCUCACGGUCAGACCUGCAGAGGGCGCUGUGUGUGAGGUGACCUUCACCAAGGAACUUGAGGAACAGCUGACAGCAGAAAUGAAGGAGGCGGUGAAGAAUGGCGUGGACAGCUCAUGUCUUCAAGGUCCAGUGUUGGGUUGUCCUGUGCAGGGCAUCUCUGCUCUGAUCCAGAGCGUUACCACGGCGGCAGGAACGUCCCCCACCAUGGUGUCGGCCUGCGUGUCCCGCUGCAUGCUGAAGGCGCUGAGGCUGGCAGGAGGGCAGGUUCUGGAGCCCGUCAUGUCCCUGGAGGUGACCGUGGGAGAGGAGCACCUCAGCGCCGUGCUGGGAGACGUGGCUCAGCGACGGGGGGUGGUCAGAGACAUUCAGAGUCGUCAUGACAGCAAGGUGCUGCUGGCGAGUGCCCCGCUGGCAGAGAUGAUGGUGAGUCCAUCAGGAUCCCCCUUUGGUUUCAGUGACCCUCACGGCCGGCCUGUUCUCUCAUCGCAGGGCUAUUCCACCGCUCUGCGAACCCUGACGUCCGGAAACGCCACCUUCUCCCUGGAGCUGGCCGCCUACGAGGCCAUGAGCUCUCAGGACCAGAAUAAUCUGCUCAGACGGGCGGCUGGUCUGCUGUGACCCGGACAGAGGACUCGCAGGAACCAUCACACUCGGAUCGUCACAGAGGAUGAAGAUUUAUUGUGAAAAACAUUCACAGAAUUGUAAAUAAUGUAAAAUCAAUUUGGAUCCAAUUAUUUAACAGUUGGGGUUCAGUGACGGCAGAAGAGCUCCUGUUUGACCAUCAGACAUUCAGAGGAGUAAAAUAGCGCCGCCACAAUCAAUAAAAUUGUUUCUCAGCACUGCUGGGAAAAGGCAGCAUUUGAUUUUUUUUAAUUAAAUUCUUCUUAAAAAAAACACUAUUUCCUUAAAAAAAAAAAAAA